GCGGUGUGAGUUGCGUUGGCGGCGAAAGCCCGAUGAAUAAAGUUGGGGAAGAUGCCAGGAAAAUCAAGAUGUGGGACCAAGUCUAAAAAGGUCCGGUCCAGCUGGCCUUGGCGACGGCCUUUCCUGCUGGCUGCGGCCGCCGCCGCCGCCGCAGCCGUGCUGUACGCGCUGCUGCGGCGGCCGGCCGAGCCUGACUUCCCGCAGCUGGCGCUGAUCGAGCCGGGCGCCGGCGACGCCGGCCGGCCCGUGCUGCUCUCGGCCGACGAGCAGCGCCGCGCCGACCGGCUCUUCCAGCAAGAGGGCUUCAACGUGGUGGCCAGCGACAAGGUGCCGUACGUGCGGCGCCUGCCCGACGUUCGGCCCGCUCUGUGCCGUAAUCGAGCGUUCGACACUGACCUGCCCAACGCCAGCGUCGUCAUCAACUUCCACAACGAGGCGUGGUCGGCUCUGCUGCGCACCGUCCACUCGGUGCUGGCCCGCACGCCCGAGCACCUGCUGCACGAGGUUCUCCUGGUGGACGACGCCAGCACUAAAGCGGAGCUGGGCGUCCAGCUGGAACGCUACGUGGCACAGCGGCUGCCAACCAAGGUGCGGCUUCUGCGCCUGCACGAGCGUCAGGGCCUGAUCAAGGGCCGCCACUGGGGCGCCGAGCGCGCCGGCGGCCAGGUGCUCAUCUUCCUGGACUCGCAUGUGGAGCCCGGCCAGCAAUGGGUGGAGCCGCUGCUGCAGCGCAUCAAGGAGGAGCCGCGCGCGCUCGUGUGCCCGGCCAUCGACAACAUCCGGGACAAGGACUUGGCGUACGAGAGGGCGGAGCGCGUGGCCGGCGGGUUCGCCUGGUCCGGCCACUUCGAAUGGAUCGACGCAGGCGACGCCGACGGCCGGCCGCCAGCUGAUGAGGCGGCGCCGGUCAGGUCGCCAGUGAUGUCCGGAGGCCUGUACGCCAUGAGCCGCCAGUACUUCUGGCAGCUGGGCGGCUACGACACCGGCAUGGACGUUUACGGCGGCGAGAACCUCGAGCUCUCGUUCAGGACGUGGCAGUGCGGCGGUGUGGUGGAGACGCUGCCGUGCUCGCGCGUCGGCCACAUCUUCCGUGACUUCCAUCCGUACACGUUCCCCUGGAGCGCCAACCCGCUGGCGGCCAACAUGGCGCGGAUCGCCGCCGUUUGGAUGGACGAGUACAGCCGCUACUUCCACCUCCACUACCGGCACACGCACCCCCCGGAGGCCGGUGACGUCACGUCACGUCUCGAGCUGCGGCGUCGGCUCGGCUGCCGCUCGUUCCGUUGGUACCUGGACACCGUCUACCCCAACAAGAUGCGCCUGGACGAGGACGUGCUCGCCAGCGGCCAGCUACGCUCGCGCGACCGUGCUGAGCUCUGCGUCGACACCCUGGUCAUUGAGGACCUGGUGUACCUGGGGCUCAACACCUGCACCGAGCCGCCAGUCUCCGGCCAGUACCUGGCGCACAGCCGGCGAGACGAGGUCCGCCGCGAGGACCUGUGCGCCACCGUCUCCGAGCCGGCACCCGACCAGCCGCGCCACGCGCCCAUGGCACCCUGCAAGGUCCACGGGCUCGACGAACACCGCUGGAGCUACACGGCGCAGAGCGGCCAGCUGCAACACCUCUCGUCCAACCUCUGUCGGACGGGGACGGCAUAG